AUGCUUUCCCCGGUCCGCCUGCUUCCUCUUAUUGGGAGUCUUCUUCCAUUCGUCUCCGGACGGCCGUCUACGAGCUCAUCUGUGGUUCUUCCUCCUAGCGAAGAUCCCUUCUACAGUGCCCCUCAUGGCUAUGAGACUAAAAUCCCCGGAAGCGUUCUGCGCAUACGUCACGCCCCGGGAAAUCUGACAGAGUUGGUCAGCAAUGCCUCCGCAGCAUACAACAUUGUCUACCGCACUACGAAUAGCCAAUAUCGCCCUUCGUGGGCCGUGACCACCGUAUUCGUCCCUUCAAUUCCUCGUCACAGCAAAAACUCUUCCUUGCUCUCUUACCAAGUCGCAUACGACUCUCAUGACAUUGACGCCAGCCCCAGCUAUGCGAUGUACUCUUCUCCUCCUAUAGAUGUCUCUCUCGCACUUGAAGAGGGUUGGUAUGUCAACGUCCCCGAUUAUGAAGGUCCUCUUGCCUCUUUCACUGCGGGCGUACAAUCCGGCCACGCUACACUCGACUCCAUUCGGAGCAUUCUUGACUCCCAUGCGACCUUGAACUUCAAGGCUUCGUCCUCCUCCAUCGCUUUAUGGGGGUACUCUGGUGGUGCUCUUGCCAGCGAAUGGGCCACCGAGUUACAGGUACAAUACGCCCCGGAGCUCUCUAUUUCCGGUGCUGCCCUUGGCGGCCUCACACCUAACAUCACUAAUGUGAUGGACACUGUUACUGGCACCUUUAGCGCGGGGCUCAUUCCCGAAGCAGUCCUUGGUAUUGCGAGUCAAUACCCAGCUACCUACGAUUAUUUGGUUAGUAAAUUGAACAAGGAGGGAAAGUACAAUCGCACGACUUUCCUCGCGGCAACAAAAAUGACACUCUCGGAGGCGGACGUCGCCUUUGUUGAGCAGAAUAUUUUUGAUUACUUCGUCGAUGGCCAAGAUACCUUCAACGCCCCUGUUGUGCAGCACGCGCUGAAUAGGGACGGAUACAUGGGAUAUCACGGUGUGCCACAAACCCCGCUUUAUGUGUACAAGGCAAUCAAAGAUGAGGUUAGCCCUGUGGCCGAUACCGAUGCUCUGGUAGAGAGGUUUUGUGGCGUUGGGGUCAAUAUCCUGUAUGAGCGGAACACGAUCGGCGGGCACUCUGCGGAGGGUGUGAAUGGCCAUGCGAGCGCCUUGGAAUUUAUCUCCUCCGUUUUGACUGGGUCUUAUGAUCAGCUAUACCAGACGUCGGGAUGUACCAUCAGGGAUGUAACUAUUAAUAUUACUAGCUCGGCGCUAUAG